GCCCGGCAAAGAAUAGACGAGCUUAUAGACAGCGUCCUUCAGCGAGAUAAUGACGGAGGUGGCGGUCGCGGUGGACGAGGUGGCGGUCGAGGUGGUGGUCGAGGUGGUCAUCACGGAGGUGGCGACCGGUUCGACAGAAAUCGAAAUGGUGGUGGUGGUGAUUUCGGCGGUGGCGGAAAUCAGUGGGAGGAUAGAAGGGGCGGUCAUCAGGGAGGUCACCAGGACAUGGUUUCCUUCACUGUACCUGCUAGCAAGUGUGGUGUGAUCAUCGGCAGAGGAGGCGAAACCAUCAAGCAAAUCAAUCAACAGUCCGGAGCUUAUUGCGAGUUGGACAGGAGGCAACAGAAUCCAAACGCAAGUGAAAAAACGUUUACCAUCAAGGGUAGCCCCGAUCAGAUUGAAACUGCAAAAAGUAUAAUAAGUGACAAAGUACAAUUACCUUUGAAUUUUGUGUCGGCUGGAGGACCACAAAUGUCCAGCAAUAUGCCUACUGCUUAUCCUGGUAUGGCUCCACAGGGUUACAACCCUCAGAGCAGUUGGGGUGUUCCAGCUGGAGGUUACCAGCAACAGCAGCAGUGGGGUAGUCAACCUCAAGGUACUGAAGCUCCUCCAGCUCAACCCAAUCCAGUGCAAGUGAAUUCUAGUACGGGACAACCUGAUUAUUCAUUACAGUGGGCUGAAUAUUACAGAUCGUUGGACUGGUGUUCCACAACCAGGAGCUGCAGCACCAGUUGCCCCAGCAACCGGAGGUCCACAGGCGGCAGCUGGUUACCAACAGCAACCAGCUUAUGGUAGUUAUCAACCUCCAGCUAGCGGUUACUAUGGUGGUCAACCACAGGCAGCGCCUGUUCCGGGAGGUGUACCGCAAGGAGGCUAUGGAUUCCCAUCUUACGGAUAUGGUGGUGGCCAGGCAGGAGGUCCUCCGAACUCGCAGGACAAUUAAACAUAAUGAAAUAUGGUGAUUGAUGCAGCGAUAUCAGAUUUAUAUAUUUACAGAUUUUAAAGGUGGGCCGAAAUUCUCAACUAGGAGCUUCUGGAGAAUAUUUUCUUAUUCAUUAAGAAAAUAUUUUAAACAGCAUCUGUUCUAGUAAUAAGAGAACGUAUUUAUACAGCCAUUUUGUCCAGCCUAUAGAGAAAACAACAGCAGUGAUUUGAAUUUUUUAACACAUAGCAUAUAAUAGAAAUAAGUUUGGUUUUCUUUAAAUAUAUCAUCAUUGACAUACAAAUUGGAAUGUGGUUCCAAUGAAACAAAAUUUCAAUUUCAAUAUUCACUAUAUAUUACUUGUCCCAUGCAGUGUAGUUUUGUUUUUGAUUUUGGUUACAAUAUCACAAUUAUAUGAAUCUGGAUUGUUUAA